GGCUCUCCCCGCCAUGGCCUUCACCUUCGCCGCCUUCUGCUACAUGCUGUCGCUGGUGCUCUGCGCCGCCCUCAUCUUCUUCGCCAUCUGGCAUAUAAUUGCCUUUGAUGAACUUCGGACAGACUUCAAGAGCCCAAUCGAUCAGUGCAACCCAGCCCACGCAAGAGAGCGGCUGAGAAAUAUUGAGCGGAUUUGCUUCCUCCUGCGAAAGCUGGUCUUGCCAGAGUACUCUAUCCACAGUCUUUUCUGCAUAAUGUUUUUAUGUGCUCAGGAGUGGCUCACGCUGGGGUUAAAUGUUCCUUUGCUUUUUUAUCACUUGUGGAGGUAUUUUCGUUGCCCAGCAGAUAGUUCAGAGCUAGCCUAUGAUCCACCUGCAGUCAUGAAUGCAGAUACCUUGAGUUACUGCCAAAAAGAGGCCUGGUGUAAGCUGGCUUUCUAUCUCCUUUCCUUCUUCUACUAUCUCUACUGCAUGAUCUACACUCUGGUGAGCUCUUAACUGAAAGAUCAUCGUUAAAGACUGAAAACAACAAAGACUGGAAGUGCAAGGACAAGUGAACCAAGUGAUGCAUGAUUAAAAAAGCAACAAGGAAAAAUUUGAACCCAAGCAGUUAAUAGAGUACAUGAAAGAGAGACCCAGCAAGAAGAAGCAGAUGACCAUGGGAGAAUGGCUGAGUUAAUUGUUUUUGUCUCCUGUUUCUGAGUAUAUUGCAGUAAAUGACUUUCAAAAUCCAAGCAAACAAAAAAAUGCAACAAGGACCAAGUUACACAGCUAUUCACCUGUCCAGGAAUAAUGCUGCUUGCUUUAGUGGAUUCAUUAUAAACUAUAGUCCCUACUGUCUUCCAGGGAGCAAAGUUUCUUUUCUUAAGGACUCUUCUGGACUGAGGAAGCAGAGGACAAGAUAAUCUUACACAGAAAGAAGACCUAUACAACACAUUCUGAAAAUGAGCACUGAGUGGACUUCAGAUAAGAUAUAUGACUGUCCUGAAGGGACAUUCACAUGAUACUAAGCAAACAGGGAUGUCAAAUCUCAUGGAACUCUUUCAGUGGUUUUGUUUGGGUUUUUUUUCCACCAAAAUAACAAUGACAAAAGAAUUUGCAGUUGCAAUAUUCUGUUUUCUGAUUAUAUGCUAUUCCUGCAGGUGAACACCCAGUAUGUUUCUGUACUUCAUUUGUGAUAUGCCAGUAACAUACAGUGAUAUGUAUAAAUACAUUGGGUUUGACCUAAACGUGCCAAGCACUUAUCAGAAUAGUGUUCCUCUGACUGGAAAAAAAAAAUCCAAGGUAUAAGCUGCAUAUAUUAAGGAGGGUUGUAACAUAGGUAUUAUAUUCAUCACAAUGCUGGAGAACAAAUACUGGACCAGCUAAUCAUGGCCUGUAAUUCUGUUUUGCAGCUUAUUUCUGCUGUAAAAUUUAAGCCAGAACAAAUACACAAAAUGUUUUUGUCUUUCAUGACAUUCGUAUUGAAAGUUGUUCAUGUUUUUAUAAUUUAAAAGUUUUUAAAUUUUAUCAUACAAGUCUCAUUUAAAUUCACAUAUAUAGGCUGUAUGUCUUUAUAUAUAUAUACAUAUAUAUAUAUACAAAUACACAUCUACAUAAAUAAUCACAAUCUAUUUACAUUUUAGAUUAAUCCAUCAAGAUCAAAGGCAUUGAGUGUCCAGAACUGCUGCUAAAUGUAUUUCAGCACUGAACCUAGUGAACCUGGGGUCAUUCCCUCAAAGUCACUGGUGCUCUGGGUAGUAGGCAAGCCUGUAAGUUCAAGACUAACACCAGUGCAUGCACAGGCAGUGCUUGGAUCUUGCAUUGGGAUUGAGCUAACAGUUGGGUAUGUUGCUAACAGAGAUGUGGCAGAGAACAGUGCAGAGAGGCCCAUCUGUACCCCAGCUUGUUUACAGCUGGUCUCAUUAGCACUAGCUCACUGUUGACCCAGCCAAAUUUUGUCUGGCUACUGUGAGCCAGUAGACUGUUCCUGUAUCCAAACUCUCAGAUCUUUUUCAUCUGGGUACAGGACUUCAGCAGGAGAGAUGGAGUCUCACGUUCAGCACUGCCUCUGUGCUAACAUACCCUGUUUCAGAGCAUGGUGCAGAAGCCAUGGCUGCGUGAGUCAUCCCGUGUCUGGCAGGUUCCGGACUGAGCUGGAGUUACUGUAUGUAUGCAGUGCCAAGACUCUUUCUGCUUUGAUCUGGCUACAUUAACAAAAUUAAAUCCUGUUAGCUUGCAGAGCACAGUGUCUGCAUGCAAACUGUCUGCUCCUGGGCCGUGCCAACUCUGGAAUCACACCUGGACGUUGCUUGGAAGAGUGCUAGCUGGUCUGAGCAAACAGUAUACCAGAUUCAUUCUAACAGUAUUUAGAUGGUGAAGUUGUCCCAGGGGCUGACAUUCUUUAAUUCACAAGUACAGACAUAGCCAGUAGGUCUUUCUGGAUGUAGUUUAGCUUCAUACAAGUAUGUUCCCAGUUCUGUAAGCAUACAACAAGGCUGACAAAUCAGAUUACUUGGAAAGCUAAUUUGGGCUCUUAUAGUUCAUAAGUUUGGAUUGCACACACUACAGAGGUGACUAAACUGCUCUUGAAAUCACACUGGCCCUGCAAGCAAUACAGAUGUGUUUGCUUGGAGUGAGCUUGAGCUAAGAAACUUCACUGGAUCAUUACGGAGCUAACUCAUAAAGCUCUGCUGCUGGGGUAUAAUUAAUGCACAACUCAUAAAAAAUUGAUGAUUGUAACUGAAGUUCUUCUCUACGACCUAACUAAUGCAUCUAGUUCUACAGAAGUAUAGGAACUAGAUUCACAAGAACAAAUUACAGUGAAUAACUUCUAGAUAUCUUGCUACCUCAUAAAACUCUCAACUGAGCAGGUGACUGAAUCUUUCCAUGCCUCUUCUAGGAUGUAUAGGAGAUGGAAAGAAAUUAAUUCAGGUUUCCUAUAUUUCAGAUACAUGCUUUAAAGUCAGUUUCAUUAAAAGGCUUGCAAUUUUUUUGUGUGUUUGGAUGGGUGAAAGAUUGAUCACAUCUUGCCUGAAAACACACAAUUUUCAAAUCCUGAGAUUUAGGCAUGAGCUGGACUGCUAGCAGGUCAGUUGUUUGCCUACGGGGCUGGAUAUAGAAGCUCUGUGAGUUUGUGUAACUGGCAUUGUCAUGUAAUUCUUGACUUUGCACAGGAAGCAUUUGCAUAUGUGCAUCUUCUGAAUGAACCUUCAGGUGACUUCAAGGACAUAAUGCUUGAAUGGACUUGCUAGGUCAUUUCAAACAGGUUCUCUAUUUCAGGCAACUUCAUCAAUAUACUUAUCAAACUCCACUUGAAAGCAGAACACUUCGUAUGAUCCUACUACGGCUUUAAGCAAAUGUUUCCAGGAUCUCAGUGCUCUGGUACUAGAAAAUUUUUCUGUAUUUCCAGAGUAAAUUUAUUCUUAGAUAAUUUAUUCCACUUGCUUUGGAACCAACAUUAGCCUAAAUACACCUUCUCUCAUGCUGCUUAAGACUUCAAUGUACAGAGAAAGGAGUCCUUUUCAGCCUCUGUUCUGUUAAGAGUGAGCUGUCUCACGUCCUCCUGUAGAAAAGCUCUCCAUUCCCCAUAUCUUCUUUAAAGGAUUUCUCUGUUGUCUUUCCAGUCGAAAUAAUCUUUCUUAAGAGUGGAUGAUCACAACUGUCCAGAGUAUUCUGGAGAAUAUCUUACUUUGACUAAUCCUUACUAUGAAUGGACAAUGAAAGCUAACGUUCCCAGUUCUUUCUAAUAAUCCUUAUUAAAAAAAGUAAUCACACUGCUCUCAAUAGCAUUUUAUUUCUCUUCAAGAUAAAUCUUAGUUUAAAGUCUAUGGAAAAAUUGUUUAAUAUUAGGAUAUUUUCCCUUUCAUUGUAUUUAGUGAAACUUCUCCUGAGCAGAAAUAAUUUAUGAAACUGGCCAAAGCAUUAAUUGAAGGAAGUUUCAAUGCAAAACAGGUAUUGCCAAGUCAAGACCUUCAAAGGUGUCUGCCAGUAUCUAGAAGCUGCUAGUGCUCUGGACCUCACAGACAGCAGGGUAAGAUAUAGCCCUCAGCAUGUUCCUUGCUCUGUGUUGUUACCCAGGGGUUGCAGUAUCUUGCUGGGAACUCAUAUAUAGUGAACGUUCUUAAGACCAGAUUUGUCAUUUUCUCUGUUAGACUUGUCAGCCAUGUUAUAAAAGAAGCACAAAUAGAGGAAAGAAGAAUGAAGGAUAAAAGAAGCACAAAUAUAGGAAGGAAGAAUGAAGGAUAAAAGACAACUGUUGCUCUCUUAGUCCCUCACCAUGUAUGUGACUGAUUACAAGCUAAGUCUACUUCACCCAGAGGAUGGUUGGGCAGUAGAACAGACUCCCCAGGGAAGUGGUCACAGCACCAAGCCUGACAGAGCUCACGAAGCACUUGGACAACAC